AUGUUAAGUCGAAUUUUAAUACCUUUAGCACAAAUGAGGCUACAAAAGUAUGGUGGAAAUAUUUUAAGACGAAGGGUAAAAAGGUCGAGAAUUGAGGAAAAAACAGAAAAAAUGAUUGGAAUUGAGGAGGUUUUUGAAUUUAAAAAAUUUUUAAAUGAUAAAAAAAUUUUAAAGAUGAAAAAAAUAAGAGAAGAAAUACAAAAUCAAAGGGAAACAGAUCCUAAGGAAAAUUUCAAAGUAAAUUUUGAAACGAUUUUUGAAGGCGGAAAAAUUUUCUUUCAAAAGGUUAGAACGGCGAAUAACGUUGACCCGUUGCCUAAUGGGAAGGAAAAUAAUUUGGCUGCUAAAAUUUCUAGUCUUCUUGUAAAAUCGCUUGGACCUAAAACAAAAAAUGCAGAUAUUAAAUGGGCAAAAACAUACAAAACAUUGCAAAGGCUGUCAGAGCAGAUUGAGAGGGGGAAGAACUUUCCAGGCUCCAAUCUCUAUGAAAAACGAAUGUUUGUUGAAAUUUAGAAAAAAUAUAGUGGAAGAUAGUUUACCUUACUUCCUCAAAAAAUACCUAAUUACCCCCGAGAACCGUUUUGUUACCUAUAGUCUAUUCUGAAUUGUUCCCUACAGACUACCUCUUUUGUAGUGGUCAUGUUCCUUACGGACUAUCCUAUUUGUUCCCUACACACUACAGUCUACCAUAUAAUGUUCCCUACGGACUACCUCUUUUGUUCUACGUUCUUUACAGACUACCAUCUAAUGUUCCCUGCGGACUACCCCUUAUGUUCCCUACACACUACAGUCUACCAUCUACUGUUCCCUACGGACUAUCCAUUUUGUUCUACGUUCUUUACAAACUACCUUGAUUAUUCCCUAUGGACUACCCCUUAUGUUCCCUACAUGCUACCU